AGGGGGGGAAAAGCCGGCCGACACGGAAGUGUGGUGGAAAUAAGGUAAACAAGGAGCAAGAAACGAGGAAAAGAACAAGAAUCAGGAAAAGCCGGACAUAGCAUCGUUAAUGCCUGCUUUUUGUAUUCAGCAUGUUGCAUAUUUUUACUGGAAGCUGGGAUUGUGAUUCUGUGGACUACCGAAAUAUAAGAGGGACCCCUCGUUAAGUCCCUUCUCCAGGAGAUGUUGAAGCCAUCUCUGGGUUUAUGGGCACCAAAGGCUUGUCAAGCAUAAACCAGACAGGAUUUUUUUCUUCAACAAAGGCAAUUUUUUUGCCUUAUGCUCGGAAUAAUCAGAAUCCAGGAGACACAUUCUGUGUUCAUUUGCUUGCUAUUUAAAAAAACAAAACAAAACAAAACAAAAAACUGCAAAUAGAGGGCUUCAUCACCUUCCCAUCCCCCUUGCAUUUGAAAUGAAGUGACUGAUUAACUACGGAAUUUAAACAUGGAGCCUUUGGUUUAAACUGAAACCAUGCAGUUAGUUUCAAAGCCAGGAAACUACGUGAAAAAAUAAUUAGUUUGACCUUACUCUUGAAGGGCCCCACGAGACAUCAUCCUGAUGAUGAAUUCCUCUCUGGAUCCACUGAACCAGAGCUCUACUGACCUGUCGAACUUCUCUGCUCCCUUUUGCCUGCUUGAGAUUAGCUAUUCCAAAAUCAUCACCACCUGUCUGCUUGAAGUCUCCAUUAUCCUUCUCCUCACCGUUCUGAUUAUUUCAGGUAACCUGGUCGUGAUUUUUGUUUUUCACUGUGCCCCUUUGCUUAGUCAGCACACCACCAGUGCUUUCAUCCAGACUAUGGCUUAUGCUGAUUUGCUUGUUGGUGUCAGUUGCCUCUUCCCCUCCUUGUCCUUACUUCAUCACCUUCAAGGACUUGACCCCAAACUCACCUGCCAGGUUUUCGGUUACAUGGUAUCCGUUUUAAAGUCUGUCUCAAUGGCGUCAUUAGCAUGUGUGAGCGUGGACCGCUACAUCGCCAUCACACAACCCCUGACCUACGCAGCCCUGGUAACUCCAUGUCGAGUGCGCUGCUGCAUCAUUCUGAUAUGGUUGUACUCUGCACUGGUGUUUUUGCCAUCAUUCCUUGGGUGGGGAAAGCCUGGUUACCACGGCGAUGUGGUGGAGUGGUGCGCUGUCCAGUGGAGGACCCAGCCAGCCUUCACAACCUUCAUUGUCAUGCUUCUCUAUGCCCCUGCUGCGCUCACUGUCUGCUUCACUUAUGCUAACAUCUUCAAGAUCUGCCGACAGCAUACACGGGAGAUCAGCGAACGUCACGCACGUUACCGACCCAAACCGCACCAAGACCCAGGUUUGACAUCUGGAUCUCUGGUCAAGGACAAUGGUGAGUUAGACCAAAGUCAUUCGCCCGGCUUAUUCAAACUUCAGAAAGACCACCAUCAACAAUCGCAGUAUCAACAACCAUCUUCAACAUACCCGGACAAACGGUAUGCCAUGGUACUGUUCCGCAUUACCAGUGUUUUCUACAUCCUCUGGUUGCCCUAUAUCAUUUACUUUCUGUUGGAGAGUGGUGGAAUCUACCACCAUCCUGCAGCAUCUUUCCUCACUACUUGGCUGGCCAUCAGCAACAGCUUCUGUAACUGUCUCAUAUACAGUCUCUCCAACUCUGCCUUCAGGAAGGGCCUCAAGCGCCUCUGCUCCUACUGUUUACGGCGCAGCGGCAGCGGGUUUGGGGUAAGGAAACCCAAAAAGGCAUUCAUCGGUUCUAUUGAACAGGGAUGUGCUGGGACAGGGUAUGGAUCUGGCCACGGAGACAUAGGAAUUGGCACAACUUGUCAUGUGUAGUGCCCGCAUUGGGGACAGCCUUGUGCCAAAUUUGGCAUUUGAACUGCUCAGAAAAAGUGUCUUCUGCAAGUUGAAAUGUUUCCACGAAGAGAUGGAAGGCAGCAUCAUGAACCCACUGCUGUUUCCAUCACAUUUGGAGGUUACACAGAUAUCCUCGCUGCACACGCCACCGCUGGCAGUGGGAGGAGUCUGGAGUGAAGCACUGAAGGAUAAAAUGUCCUAAAUAGCCGCACAAGUUGUCAUUCAUUCAUUCAUUUGAGGGACAGUAGUGAAAGAUGGAUGGGAUUUUAGAGGAGCAAGAUUGUUUUUCUGUUUGGAAAUAUAUAUAACUCUUUUUGCAAAGGCAACACAAUGUAAGGGUUGAGUAUUGUCAAGAAGGGUAUGUAUGUCAAUGCAGAAAACAAUGUGAAUGAAAACAAAACAUUAUGUAGGGGGGAGCUGAACUGUUAAUGUACGAAGUACUUUGAGGUGCUCCUGCCCCGCUAUGUACUUAGAACAAAACUAUUACGUGUAUAUUGCAUUGAAUUAAAAUCAAUGAAUAUGUCUGUUUGCGUUUUAAUCAGUGAACACAAUACAAGCAAUGUAGAGGUAGAACUUGUCUUUUAUCCAUUUUCUAUUGGUUUGUGCAAGACAUUCAAUCUUAAUGAAAAUUCAAAGAUUUUAUGAUGAAUGACCAUGAGAGGCUUUGACUGUUAGCAACAACAACAAAAAUGCAGUCUUUUUAAAAUUCCUUUCUUGUUGUUGUUGCAUAUAAUGCAGUUGUCCCCACAUUUUUCUCUUCUGUCUGGUAAUUUCAUUGCAUGCCUGUUGUGUUACUAAAUGUAAGCAUAAAUUAUUAAGCAAAACCAAUAGAGAAUGUUUUCACACUAUCUGUACGGUGAUAAUUGGUACAUCAUUUAAUAAUCUGGUACAUAUUAUGCCUGAGGACAGUGGUCUAAUGACACACUGAGCAUUUUGUGGCAGCUGAAACUUCACGUCCCUUAUAUAAAGAACUGCCUUGUUCCAUUGAGCGCAGUGGAAGUUAGAUGCACUAUUGUAAUCAUUGUAAUGUACCUGUGGAUUUGCACAAAACCGUUGACCAACACGGGAAAACACCCAAAAACAAAACAAAGAGGCCAUUCUCUCUGGUUACAAAGUUCUUCUGAAAGGAGAGUGACACCUGAGACUUGCAUGUGUCUGUAUUCAUGCAUGUAUGUUUCCAUCUCUUCAUCUGUACUUCUGUUACUGGAACUUCACUUUCGGCAAGAUGAAGAGAUCCAUUGUAUGAGUAUAAAACAUGGAAAUAGAUAACAUAGCUUCACAUACCUUAUGUUAUAUACCAAAGAAAGUUUUUUGUUUUUCAAACUGGUAUCCAGUAUGGGGACUUAGUAAUAUUUGAGGGGGUUCUGCACAUUUGGUGUAGACUGUCAUGACUGUGAACCGCAGCUUGAUGUAAUUCAUUGUUGCCUUGAAAUACAAGUUAAAGUGGGAAUUUGUUACCCUACCAUUUAGAGAGGGCUCCGUUUUGUAGACAUCUGACUGUUAGACUGAAUAGACGGGCUGUCAGUUUAUCUGUGCCAGGGGUGCAAAGCAGCCAGCUAACAGUGUUAGCAGUGAGGUAUAACUUUUUCAUUUACGUAGUGACCAUUUGUUCUUAUAACACUUUACUUGUUGUACUCGCAUGUUUUCUUUUCAUUGUGUUUGCUAGCACACAUGCGCUAGUGUUAGCGACUCAGUUCGGGUGUACUAGAACGCGACCGAUGGCUGGACAAGACUGUUAAUUAAAGUAAUGGUGCUAACAUGGUUAUCACCUUCCAUUGCUCAACUAACUCCCACUCAAGGAUAUUUUAAGUGUUUUUGUGGGUGUACUGUUUUGUAAUUAUGAUGCACAAUAAUGAUAGAUACAUGUGUUGUCUUACAAAAUGCUGUCAUGCAGUGCCAAAUAUGAGAGUCAUUCAUGUUAAUACCUUCUGCUGUCAACUCAUUGUCAGUGUAAAGAAAUGCCAUAUUGAAGGUUUGUGUCUAUUCCAUUGUGAAGACAGAGUAAAUGAGGCAGAACCGAACUGUAAUUGUAUUUAUUGUGAAAGUGCAUCUUUACCUUGGCAGUUCUUAUCAAGGCGAUACUACUGUUACAUUUUUUAUUUUAUUUUUUAAAGCUUGAAGAGAAAAUGUCGGAUUGUAAUCUACGGAGGUGAUCAGAAUUUAUUGAUUUAAACAAUAAAUAAAAAAUUCAAGGUCAGAUGACGGGUAUUGCUGCUGCCAAAAAAAUUGUGCACUACUUUCUGGAUUGUUUGUUUGUCAGGGAGCAAGUGGAGUCAUUUCUGUUAAUACAUUCUCAACUUGUACAUACAGCAUGGCUCCUUGUAAAUAAAAGCCUUUUGAGAGAUUUUAUGAUUAAAUUAUUACAUUUUAAGACAACAUCUAGGACUAUAACUACUCAAUACCGUUGGCCAUUAAACACUUAAACAGGUUGUAUAACCUUAAUCAAUUACUGUGCUUUCACACACAUGCAGAGCAAGAGACGGACAUUAUGCCUCUUUUGAUCUGUGUUGGGUUUUCUUUGUGCUUAUUUUAGCAUCUAAAUAGGACACACCAGUACAGAGCUAAUUGCACACUCAUGACCCAGCUUUUGUGAGCAGCUGACUUUUACUUGUACUGAGAUAAGAGUCCGGUCUUACCAAUAUAAAGUCACUGUCAAAUGCAGAAUGAGUUUUAAACGAUGAAUUCAUAGACUGAGAAUGUGGAGAUAAAAUCAAUUAAAUGUGUGAGACCCUGUGACCAAUAUCAGAAGAUUGUAUGAUGCUCUGCUGGGUAGCAAACCUACAUGUACUGUAUAUUGUAUUGUAACUUUGUACAUGUGAAUCU